AUGGCUAUGAGUUCUUCUUUGGUCGGUUCGUCUAGACUUGUGGAUGUGGGUGGUGGUGACUCUCAUGUUCCAAUGAGCACUACCGACAACUUGGAUCCGAGUUUGGCUGGUGGCUUUCGAGUGAUCUACGAUCGAGAAACACCAUUUGAGCUCCGAAUCCAGGGUGCCGACAAUACACCUCAACAAAUUGGAACUCUUGAAGCCAUCAAAGUUAAAAUCCUGGUCAUGGGAAUUGACACGGAUAUUCACGUAGUUCGAGUAGAGCUCUCUACUGAAAGCGAUCUCUUUUUCUUGUAUACCCACACGUGCGAUUUGGAAGGCUUCCAAGCGAUGCAACAACAACAGAAGCUUAUGGUGGACUUCACGGACUACGCCAACGUGCUAAUUCGAAUGCUAAAUAAUUGUAUUAAAGAACCUCACAACCACCUCGCAGUGUAUCUUAUGCAAGCUGAUGGCCGAGCACGACUUGACUUUAUUCAGAACAUGGAGUACAAAUUUAUUGAGCUGCUCUCGGUUGACUUUAUUCGUGCAUGCGAGGAUUCCAUUCGUCAGCACAUUAGCUUUCGUUACACUUCUAUGAAGUCACGUCUUCAAGUGCUGCAGACGCGGCUUCAUGAAGUUAACAGCAUCGUCAAGACCAAGAAUCCAUCGCUGUUGUUGCAGCUGCAGAAGUCUAUUCCAUCGCCGUCGUCUCGAGCUCGCUUUCUCACUCACUGA